GAGACAUCCGCGUGAGGAUGUAGUGCAUAUGAGGCGGAGUGGCUGGCGCGGUCCCAGUGAGAGAGGCUGGAAGGCGCCUGCUAGAGAAUAUAUACAAUAAUAAACCAUCAUAAUAAUGUCUGCCCGGUGAGAUGAGGCUCCGAAAUGGGACUGUUCUGACGGCUGUGGUCUUGUGCAGCGUGGUUUCGGUAAGCUGGUACGCGGCGUUCUCCGCUCAGAAAGGGGAUGUGGUGGAUAUUUAUCAGCGGGAGUUCCUAGCACUGCGUGACAGACUCCAUGCAGCUGAGCAGGAAAACAUCAAACGGUCAAAGGAACUGAAUGUGGUUUUAGAUGAGAUCAAGCGAACCAUUGCUGAGAAACAAACUCUGAGGGACAUCAACAGAACCUGGAGCAACCUAUCAGAUGAAACUAAGCUAAAACUCUGGAACAUCACCGUCAGUAAGAAUGUACUACAGCUACCAAGCAUCUUCCACCACCUCCCACAUCUGUUAUCCAGAGAGAACACUCUCCAGCCUUCCGUCUACAUGGGGCAGAGGAGAACUGGAGUUUCAAUAGUGAUGGGAGUUCCCACCGUUAAGCGGGAGGUGCACAGUUACCUGAUCGACACCUUGAACUCGCUAAUUUAUGAGCUGACUCCUGAGGAGAAGCAGGACUGUGUGAUUGUCGUACUCAUUGCAGAGACAGACUUGCCAUAUGUAAAUAGUGUUGCAGAGAAUCUCAAAAAUUUAUUCCCAAAUGAAAUUCAGUCAGGGUUGCUGGAAGUCAUUGCUCCCUCAGUGAACUACUACCCUGACUUCUCCCAUCUGAAGGAAACAUUUGGUGAUCCCAAGGAAAGAGUCAGAUGGAGAACAAAGCAGAAUCUAGACUAUUGCUUUUUGAUGAUGUACGCACAGUUGAAGGGCACCUAUUAUGUACAGCUGGAAGAUGAUAUUGUGGCAAGACCGAAUUAUUUAAGCACAAUGAAGAACUUUGCGCUGCAGCAACCAUCGGGGGAGUGGAUGAUCCUGGAAUUUUCCCAGCUUGGAUUUAUUGGAAAGAUGUUCAAAUCACUGGACCUAAGCAUGAUUGUGGAGUUUAUCCUGAUGUUCUACAAGGACAAGCCCAUAGAUUGGCUGCUUGAUCACAUUCUCUGGGUUAAAGUGUGUAACCCAGAAAAAGAUGCAAAACACUGUGACCGACAGAAGGCAAACCUUCGAAUCCGUUUCAAGCCCUCCCUCUUCCAGCAUGUUGGGACGCAUUCUUCACUGGCCGGAAAGAUCCAGAAGUUAAAAGAUAAGGACUUUGGAAAACAUGCCUUGCAUAAAGGACAUUCCAACCCCCCGGCAGAGGUAACAUCCAGCCUCAAAACCUAUCAGCACUUCACUCUGGAAAAGGCUUACCUGGGAGAGGACUUUUUCUGGGCGUUCACUCCAGUGGCUGGUGACUUUAUACGCUUCAGAUUUUUUACUCCAGUGAAAAUAGACAGGUUCUUCUUCCGCAGUGGGAAUAUUGAACACCCUGGCGACAAGCUCUUCAAUACCACUGUUGAGGUCUUGCCUUUUGAUACAGUACAGUCGGGGAAGGAAACCUUGCUGGAUGGAAAAGACAAGUUUCCCAAAUAUCAGCGAACAGAGGAUGGCUAUAUCCGAAUUGCUUACUUCACAAACGGCAUUGCAGAGGGAGAGGUAGACCCUUCGUUCGGGCCGCUAGAGGUUGUUCGUUUGUCCACCCUGUCAGACUCACCAGUUUGGGUGAUUCUCAGUGAGAUAUUUAUAAAGAAAGCCGACAGUUAACUGAAGAGAGGAGUUGUGUUUGACAGCUGGCGGUGGUUCGGUUCAGGAACUGUUCCCUUCCCGGAUCCUGUCCCAUCACAGAAGAAGACUGCGCUGCCUACUGUCCAAUCCGGCCAGAAGUGUUCCGGGACACGGCAAAAACUGACGCGUUUAGGAGCAGUUCGUGUCUGCUGUGAGACUCUUUUCUACUCGAAACAGAAUCAAAUGUCGGUCGAGAGUCCAUUUUUCAUUGGAUCUUCCAUGCUGAUGCUCACUUGUUCAACUUAUUCUAAAACACGCGCCAUUUUUUAACCUGUACUUUGCGGAAUGUUUACACCAGGAAGUCCUGUCGAUGGUGGGCCUGUUCCGUAAACUAGAGGGAAAGGGAGGGAAGGAGUCUCAUUCUAGGGAGGAUGUUUUGCAAGUAUGUCAUCUCUUAUUAGAGGGAGAAUGCUUAGGGAGCGUCUCUUAUCGUAAGGAUAGUUAGAAUCUCUUAUCAGGGAGAGCGACUCAUUGUAUGGAGAAUGUUUAGGGAGCAUCUGUUAUUGAUGGAGAACAUUUAGGGUGAGUCACAAAUUGUAAGAAUUGUCAGGAAGAGUCUCUUAUCAAGGAAGAGUGCCUCAUUGUAGGGAGAAUGUUUAGGGAACAUCUUUUAUUGCAGGGAGAAUGUUUAGGGAGAGUCUCUUAUUGACGGAGAAUAUUUAGGCAGUGACACUUAUUGUGAAAAUGGUUAAGGAGAGUCUCUUUUUGUAUGGUGAAUAUUUAGGGAGUGUCUCGUAUUUUCAGGUGAAUAUUUAGGGAAAAUCUUUUAUUGUAGGGAAUGUAUAUGGAAGGAAAGGGAGAAUGGGGAGAAUCCCUUAGUGGGAAAGACGAUAGGAGUAUUUUUAGUAAAAGCGUUAGGGGAUGUCUAAAUAGGAUGGAAUUUUUAAUGAGCAAGUACUAAUUAAAAGUGCUUUCUGUUGAAGGGAGCCAGCAGAGAGCUUCUGCAGUGGAGGAGGUAUUAGAAUCUAUCCCUGACGGAAAGAGGGGUAGGAUAUAUCUAAUGGAAAGGGGGCAGGGAGUGUCAGAGAGAAUAUGUAGCUGUUGGAAGUGAGGGCAAGGGAAAGAGUCAGUAAAAAACUAGUGGGAGGAGGAAUGGGUAGGGAAUGGGUGUGUCUGAAAGGGGAUGAUGUGCUGAACGUCAUGGCUACAGAAGGGAAACUGUCUCUGAAGAAAGAAGGUAUUGAAGGCUGUUGAAAAUUUAACAGAAAAGUUCGGGAUAAUGGGUUCUCUUUAACAAAGAAUCUAUCAAACUGGAGGGAAAUAUCUGAAACUGAAGUAGACAGAAAUAGGGAACAUCUAACCAGAAGAAAAAGAUGAAGGAUAUCCGAAAUGAAGAUUGGAAAAUGGAUGCAAUGAGUGAGUGUCUCAUAUCAGGGAUUUAUCCAGACUCUGUGUCCUUAAUUUUUACUCACUUUAGAGAGAAUUUUAUAUCCACUACAGUCAAUGAAUCUGUAAGCAAAAUUAAUUACAGACUAACUGUAAAAACAAAAUUCCUGAAUUAUUUAAUUGGAGUAUAGGUUCAUGCUGUCUCCAAGGUGCUGGAUAAAUCCUUGUUUCUUGAGUAAAUGUGCAGAAACUUGAAGUAUGUGUGGCCAGUUUCAAAAACUCCACAUGGGACUUUCACCCUUUCACUAUCAAAUUGGUACUGGAAAAAAAAUUGACAGAACAAAAUUAAAUGUUUGUGUUCUGAUCCAGUCUCCCUGGAGGUGAUGAGAACCAAAUACUAAUUUAGGAUCUUUGAUUAGAAUCUUGUGCAAGUUAAAACAAACUUUGUAUCAAACAGGAUUCUUGUCUCUGGUUCAAAGUUUUAAGGGUCUGAAUGUCUCUAUGUCAAUAGUUGUACCUUGAAAGGUAGUGUGGUUAGGAAUAAUGUUUUGUUGUGCUUACGUCAACCUUUUCAAGUACAAUUAUUGAAAGGAGAAUUUCUGCUUCCAUGGCAUUUUUAUUAAUACAUAAUGAAGACAGCAGUGAAUGGCUGGAAGAAUUUAAUAUAUUCAUUUUAUAAACUGUACUAUUUUACACAAUCUGUAAAUGAGGCCCAAUUUGUAGAUAAUAAACAUGUAUCA